AUGACCCGAGCUGUUAUGGAUGUUAAACGUGGUGCAACCUAUGUGAGAUGGGGGAAAACUGGAUGUUCCGGUACUGGCACAAAACGAGUUUACUCUGGUUAUGCAUCUGGACAAAAGUUCUUCUAUGGAAAUGAUUAUUAUCGUGGAGGCCCGUCUAACAUGUUAUGUCUCCCAGAUCACCCCGAACUAAGUAACACUACUGCUGGUGCCAAUAGCUAUAUCUACGGAUCAGAAUAUGACGAUUCGCGGUUCGGGUCUGGUGCCCAAAAUCAAGAUGUGCCAUGUGCCCUUUGUCUUAGCAAUGCAUCAACAACUGUAAUGAUUCCUGGGAGAAAGUCAUGCUUCAGUGGUUGGAGAAUAGAAUACAGUGGAUUUCUUGCAUCUGGGGCUUACCACCACGCCGCAUCGUCUUUUGUCUGUAUUGACAAACAACCAGAGUUUAUUCCUGGAGGACGAAGUGACAACAAUGAUAAAACACUGUUUGUUACCGGCUACAAAUGUGGAUCACUCCCUUGCCCACCGUAUACUGAUGAUUUACAGGUGUAUUGUGUUGUCUGUUCUAAAUAA